CCGUUUCCCUCGAUUCUCGCGCUUCUCGACCGACCCUCCUUUACGAUUUCCAUGAGUCAUUUUCUAACGGCCCUUGCGAGUUUGCUCCAAGGUUUUGCGCUAGGGUGCCGUCUGGAUGGCGCAUCGUCACGGCCAUUGCCCAUUGUCGCAUCCGAGAUUGCUGCACCUCCAGCGCCUUCCGUCUCCUCGCGCUGUUUGUCAAUGGGUUGGUGGGUGUCGGGACUUGUCGGUGACUGUGUUUUGGUGUUGCUCCGACUUGUUUCGGCUGUGAAAUCGCCCGAAAUCCCCAAAGUCACUCAGAUGUUGGAUCGCGACACUGCGCGUCGCAUCUGAAGCUAUCCACACUCUGCCGCACUCCCAACAACCACCCACCAUUCAUCACGCCAGUCACUGAAUUUACCCAUUUUAUCGUUUUGGGUGUGCGUGCAUGCAUCUUCGGGACAAUUUUACAAUUUUAAAUGGACAUGAAGGCCUUCGCUGAUGGCCAGGGAGCUCGUAGAUGCCAGGUCACGACUUACAC